UUCCGCUCUUGCUUUCUCGGUAUUGCCCGGGUCAUGGCCACCGCGGGCGGCCAGGCUUCCAGCUGCAGCCCGGCCGAAGAAGCGGAGCGGCCUCACCCGCGGCCCUUCCUCAUCGGGGUCAGCGGGGGCACCGCCAGCGGGAAGUCAACGGUAUGUGAAAAGAUCAUGGAACUGCUGGGUCAAAAUGAGGUCGACCAUCGUCAACGGAAGGUCGUCAUUCUCAGCCAAGACCGAUUCUACAAGGUGCUCACGGCAGAACAAAAGGCCAGAGCCUUAAAGGGGCAAUAUAACUUUGAUCAUCCAGAUGCUUUUGACAAUGAUUUGAUGGAAACGACGUUGAAGAACAUCAUCGAUGGUCAGGCGGUGGAGGUUCCGACGUACGAUUUUGUGACCCACUCCAGAUUGCCUGAGACGACUAUGGUUUACCCUGCUGACGUGCUCCUCUUUGAAGGGAUUUUGGUCUUCUACAAUCAAGACAUCCGGGACAUGUUUCACCUCCGCCUCUUUGUUGACACCGAUUCGGAUGUCAGGUUGUCUCGGAGAGUUCUUCGGGAUAUGAAACGGGGAAGGGAUUUGGAACAGAUUUUGACUCAGUACACAACUUUUGUCAAGCCUGCCUUUGAAGAAUUCUGUUUGCCGACCAAGAAAUACGCGGAUGUGAUUAUCCCUCGAGGAGUGGAUAAUAUGGUGGCCAUAAACCUGAUUGUGCAGCACAUCCAGGACAUCCUCAGCGGCGACCUCUGCAAGUGGCAUCGUGGCGCAGUGAAUGGGUACGGCCGUUCGUCCAAGCGGCCGUUCCCGGAACAAGCCGACAGCAUCCCCUUGCUGGCUGCUGGGAAAAGGUCGCACCUGGAGUCCAGCAGCCGCCCUCAUUGACCAGGUUGGAGGCUUAGCCGGCCUUCUCUGCACCAGCUGGACUUUGCAGACCUUCUGGGGGGUUCCUUAGCCAGCCAGCCCUUCGUUCAAAGGGUGGCUUAGCUGUUCUUCCCCGGUUGAUUCCUAAACAAGCCCCAGUUUGUUUGUGCUGAAAUCCCAAAGUAAGCCAUGUGGGUGGAUCCAUCCUCCCUCCCUCCCUUCAUCUCUCUCCCUUCCUUCCCUCCCUCCCUCCCCAUCCUUAAUCCUUCCUUCCUUCUUUCCUUCCUUCAUCUUCCCCUUCCUCCCUCCCUUCUUUGCUCCUUCCUUGUCUUCCCCUCCCCUCGCUCCUUCCUCCUCUCAUCUUCCCCUUCCUUCCUCCCUCCCUCAGUCCUUCCGUCUUCCCCUUUCCCUCAUUCUUUGCUCCUUCCUUGUCUUUCUCUCCCCUCCCUCCCUUUCAUCUUCCCCUCCCUCCCUCCCUCCCUCCCUUUGCUCCUUCCGUCUUCCCCCCUCCCCCUCCUUCCAUUUUCCCCUCCCUCCCUCUUCACCCCUUCCUUCUGUCUUUCCCUCCCUCCCUUUGCUCCUUCCGUCUUCCCCCCUCCCCCUCCUUCCAUUUUCCCCUCCCUCCCUCUUCACCCCUUCCUUCUGUCUUUCCCUCCCUCCCCUUCUCCUUCCUUCCUUGGCACUGCAUGUUAUGUGAACCCUUCUCUUCCUCUCCCUUCCCAAGUCUUUUGACAUCUCUUUACUUAAAAUUAACAGUGUUCUACGUAGACCCAUCUCCUUGGCUGUUUUGCAAUCCCUGAAAAAAAUGUUAGAUGUUCCAGACAAUUUCUUCACUGCUGGAAUUGUGUAUGGUAGUUUCAGCUUUCAAGAGAGACCAGUAAGAGGGUGGGGAAUUAUUGAAAGAACUACUGAGUAUCCUCAUUUCUUCCAGCAAGCUAUUUUCCCUGUCUCAUGAACCCUAAGAUCUUCCUAUGGGGUUGGGAGCUGUCUUUCUUCAAUGGGAGAAAUCUACCUCCCCAUAGAUCUUCAUAUUAAGGGCUAUAAUGCGUAGGAGAAAGCAGGAAGCACUGUGUGCGAAUCAACUUGCAAUUGUCCUGAAAUCCUUUUUUUUUUUAUUGCUUUCAUAUGAACAUGCUUAGAAAGCUGCCCAGGUUUUUGUCCUCUUGCUUGCCAACCCAGCUUCUGGACCCUUUCAUCCAUUCAGAUCUUUCUAAAAUUAGAGAAUACGGCUUUGGAAAACUAAUGUCUUUAUUUUCUGUUCCUCCCCUAGCUUCACUUUAUAAUAAAUCUGGGUGGGAUUUUAAGAGUUGAAUCCCAAAAACGUCUCCUAGGUUCUUCCAUUUGUUUGAUUUUGUUAAAGAAUUAAAGAGACUCAAAAUUA